GCGCUCCUGAUCGGCCAUGGCGGGAGCCAUGGUCCGCAUCGGUGACCAGCUCAUCCUGGAGGAGGAUUAUGACGAGACGUACAUUCCCAGCGAGCAAGAAAUCCAGGACUUUGCGAGGGAGAUCGGGAUCGACCCUGCGCAGGAGCCGGAGCUCAUGUGGCUGGCCAGGGAGGGCAUCGUGGCGCCGCUGCCGCCCGAGUGGAAGCCCUGCCAGGACAUCACCGGCGACAUCUACUACUUCAACUUUGCCAACGGGCAGUCCACGUGGGAGCACCCGUGCGAUGACCRCUACCGAGAGCUGGUCAUCCGGGAGCGGGAGAAGCUCCUGGCGCAAGGCAGGCUGAAAAAGAAGGAGAAGAAGAAGAAGGAGAAGGAGGUGCUGCAGCCCGAGGCAGGGAUCUUCCCUCCGCCACCCCUAUGCCCAGCGCCCUCAGCCAGCCUGCCGUGCGGGCGGGAGAGCCCGGAGCUGGGAGCAGAGAGCCGGAGCAGCAGCGAGGCCCUCGUGCACGUGGGCCGGGCGAAGGCUGCACAGAGGGCAGCGGGCGCCGGCGCGCGCAGCGGAGCGCCUGCAGCCCCGUGGCCUCCUCAGCYGCAGCCCCUGCUCGCGUCCAAGCUCAGCAGACCUUGCCAGGUCUUAACCGAUCUGGAGAAAAUGCUAGAAAGAGGCUCGUCUUUUGGCCGCCUUGAUGUGGACGUCCCUGAAGAGCGAGAUGCAGGCGUGGAAGGGCGAGCAAGGCUUUGUCUUGACUCCUCCGACUCGGAGUCAGAGGAUUUAGCAGUCGGGCCAAUAGUGCAGCCUUUCCGUGGGCCUACGAAAGGCUCUUCACAAGRUGGGGGAGGUGUCAACACUCUUCUGAAGGCCCCUGAAGACAAAAUCCAACUCUUUGGGGAAGAAAAGCUGGAAGACAAGUGGAAGAUGAGAGAAAUCCUGGGAGAGAGUGGGUCUAGCCCUGAUGAAGACCUCUCAGUCAGAGAGAGCUCUCCAGGAGGUGGCGGCGAUGAGGGAGGAAGCCGCAGCCUCUCGAGAGACCUUGAGCAAGGCGCCAGCCCCGACGUGAAUUUUGUGCUGGCCCUUUGUGGGAAGUACCCUGCGCAGGAGUCGCAGGGAGACGCGAGGACGGCCCAAGCUCCCCCAGCGUGGGCAGAGGAGUGCGCGGAGGACUCCCGGGUUCCCCCCGUGGCUCAGCUCUUUGGCUGSCAGGGCAGCGACAGCCCCUGUCAGCGCGUGCAAGUGCAGCUGCCCUCAAACAGAAAAGCUGCAGAGAGUUACAGCCAAGCGCAGCCCGCAGGGCCCUCGGUGGCGCCCCUGGCACCGCUGCGCGGCCUCCUGGACGCCCCGGGCGCCGUCCUGCGAGGCUCCCUGAACCCAGGCAGCGGUGUGGACUCCAGCCUGCCGCAGCCCGCAGAGACCCGUGAGCCCAGCCGCCAGAGCAAGAAGCUGCUGGGAACGGCUUGUGCCGAGCAGGUUUCCUUGAACACGGUGGCUCAGGAGAAACGGAGAAGUGAAGAGGAGGAGAGCGAGAAGGAGAGCCUCCAGAGAAGGGCGAGGCUGUUCCAGAACGUGCACGUGGAUGUGAGCGCCCUGGGAGGCAGCUUUGAGUCGGAGCUCUCCAAGGCGUCCGAGGUCAGUGACUGCGGGGAGGACUUGCCGCUUUCCAGCCGCUCGGAUGAGGAGCCACUGCCGCCUGCGGCGCGUGAGCCGGGAGAAGAGGACAAAGACCAGAGCAAAGCCAGUGUGGAGCGGGAGCCGAGCCAAGCAGAGGAAGCUGCCAAGAGCGAGAGGGAUGCGAGAGAAGCGUCGCAGGACAAGUGCUCUGCUCUGGAGUCAGCCGAGCAGGAGGAGGCUGAGGAGCCGCAGGAGCGGUCGCUGCGUAGCCCGGUCGAUCCGGAGGAGCUGGCUGCCCCGCAGGAAGCGCAACCCAAGGAGGAAAUCAAGCAGGAGAAGACCUUGACCCAGCCUCAUGAAGAAUCUCUAGAGGGAAUAACUAAGGAGCUGGAGGAAGAGCUGGAGCAAGAGAAAAUGCGCUUAUUACAAGCAAAGAAGGAGAAAAUUCAGCAAUUCCAGGAGGAGAUGAGGCAGCAGGAGGAGGAGGAAGCUCAGAAGCUUCAUCAGCAGAAAGAAAAAUGCCUCAGGACUCUGAAGGAGGAUUUGGCAAAGGCUUCCAAAGAGGAAGAGUUGCGCGUGAGACAGGAAGAAGCGGAGAGACUUUCCAAGCUGCGAGUCCAAAUCACCUCCGAGACUGAGGCGGAGAAGGAGAGGAUGAGGGCAGAGCAAGAGGCGGCACUGCAGAAGCUGAGGCAAGAGUGGGAAUCGCUGCAGGUGGCAGAGAAGGAGAACCUGGAGGGCAUGAAGCGACGCGGGUUGGAGAAAUUGCAGCUGGAAAUGGAGGAUGCUCGGCAGAGUGAGAUCGCCGGGUUGGAGCGGGAGAAGGAGCGAUUCCUGAGCGAGCUCAAGGAGAGCUUAGAAAGGGAAAAAAAGAAGGCCGCAGAGGCGCUGGAGAAGCAGUUGGCCACGGAGCUGCGGGAGCUGAAACACGCAGCAGCGGAGAAGCAUCGCAAGGUCAUUUCCAGCCUGCAAACGCAGAUAGCAGAGGCACAGAGGAAUGAAGAGGCUCAGCUGCGUGAAGAAUUGCAGAGGGCAGAGCAGAAAAUCCAGCAGAAAGCGUUCCAAGUAACAGAAUACGAACGUGAGCUCAGUGAACUUCUGAGAGAGAAGCGGCAGGCGGUGGAAAAAGASCACGAGAGGAAAAUGGAGAGAAUGAAGGAGGAGCACCAGGAGGCCCUGGCAAGGCUGCGGGAUCAGUAUGAGGAGGAGGAGAGGAAGCAAAGAGCCGAGCUCUCUGAGGACGUGCGAAGUGAGCUGGUGCGCCUGCGCCACCUGCACGAGGUGGAAGUGAAGGCUCUGCAGGCAGAGCUGGAGGAGCGGCUCGCUGAGCUGCAGCACAGGCACAGGGAGAAGGAAAGAAAGCUCCAGGAUGCAGAAAGUGAGCUGGAGCUGCGAGCCAAGGCUGUCAAGGCCAAAUCGGUGCAGCUCCUCAACCAGGAGGAGGCUCUGAGGAAGAAAAGGCAGCAGCUGCUGGAGGAGGACAGACGGACCGAGCUGGAGAGAGAGGAAGCUGCUUUGGCUUCUCAGCUCCGUCUGGAGGAGAAUAGRAAGGUUCACAGCAGCCUGCUCGACUCCAUCUGGCAACUGCGUAAGUCUCUUGAAGAGCUCCAAGACCAGAAAGCUGAGCUGGAGGCCCAGGUGGACUUGUUGCAGACCCGCAGCCAGAGGCUGCAGAAGCGCAUCAGUGACCUUGAGGCGGCGAUCAGGAGCAAACAGGAGAUUCUGAAGGGACUAGAGGCAGAACACUCYGUAGAAUCUGCCCGAGAGAAAGCUGAGCUCCGUGUUGAAGACCUSGGAGAAUCUAUUCAAGCUCAGUCAUCGAGAACGGCCGCUUCCCCACCCUCUCAAGGCCACGAGGACAACGACUUCCAGUUCGAUCACGUCAGGAGCUACAUCUCUGCGGAAGGGAUCUCCAUCAGGAAUGCCAAGGAGUUCCUGGUGCGCCAGACCCGCUCCAUGAGGAAGAGGCACACGGCGCUGAAAGCCGCCAAGCAGCAGUGGCGCCAGGACGUGCAGAAGGCGCAGGAGGUGGUGCAGGAUCCUGACAGCUCGCAGCUCCUGGAGGGCGUGCGCAGGAACCUGGAAGAUGAAGCGAAGCGUUUGGACAAGAUGAAGUCGGCUAUGCGGAAAGGACAGGUGCUGCUAAAGAAGAAGGAAGAAAAGCUCAGCCAGCUGGAGUCGUCGCUGCUGGAGGAGCUUUCAGAUGAAGACACGCUGAAGAGCGCUGCCUGCAAAAAGAUGGUGACUUUUGAUCUCAGCAACUCUGAGGACACAACCAGCAUGUCYAGUGCAGAUGUGCAUCAGCACAAGGUUAAUGUGAGAACCGACCUGCAGCUGGACUCCCAGCUGGACAAGGUGCAGUACCUGACGAGCUCUCUGCAGCGCAUCACGAACGAGCUCAACGGCGUCCUGGGCGUCUUGGGCGCCCUGAGCAAUCGGCAGUCCCCGCUCUUCACGCCGGCGCAGGUGCCCGUGCAGGUGCCCUGCGACGGCCUCCCUCUUUCCACGUACGCCUCGCUGGGGCCGCCCGCCGGCGUGUCCGUGCUCGACCGCUGGGCCUGGGAYGCGGGGCUGAGCUCCGGGCGCGCGUUCGCCGCCGCGCCGUCCGCGCAGAGCGCUCUGGCAGAGAAAUGGCACAAGUAUUUCCCAGGCGGGCUGCCACCACUCAGUGGAAGUUCAGCUUUUCUGGACAGCAGGCUGGGUUACGUCCCUGCAGAUGAGCAAAUCCGCCUGUUCCAGCACUCCCAGGUCCGGGGCUCUGACUCGGAUAAGAUGAGUAUUCAAGGCAUGAUCGAGACCAACAAGAAGUGGCUAGAAGACUUCAAGAGGGAUUCAGAAGUGCCUCUCCUGCCAGGGGCGCAGAAGGGCCCCGCCAGCAGCCCCAGCCUCCUGCAGCUGGGCCUGGAUGAGAAGCAGCAGAUCACAGUGUACCACUAUUAA